GCCCCCGGCCAGCACCACCUGUGAGGCGGGCGGGGAUUGGCGGGCGGCGUCAUAUGACCGGUCACGUGCUGGAGGCAGCUCAGUCCAAAAGAAAAUGGGGUUUGGUGUAAAUCUGGGGGUGUAAUGUUAUCAUAUAUCACGCUACCUCGUAAAACCGACACUGAAGCCUGCCGGACAACAAAUCACAGGUCAAAAUUAUGAGUUCUUCGUAUUAUGUGAACGCGCUUUUUAGCAAAUAUACGGCGGGGGCUUCUCUUUUCCAAAAUGCAGAGCCUACUUCUUGCUCCUUUGCAAGCAACUCCCAGAGAAGCGGCUAUGGACCAGGCGCGGGUGCCUUCGCCUCCUCCAUGCCCGGCUUGUACAAUGUGAACAGUACCAUAUAUCAAAGCCCGUUCUCUUCCGGAUACAGCCUGGGCUCUGAUGCCUACAACCUGCAUUGUUCCUCUUUUGAUCAGAACAUUCCCGUCCUCUGCAAUGACCUAACCAAACCCAGCUGUGAGAAAGCGGAGGAAAGCAACCUGCACAACCAGGCUGAGGCCAAUUUCCGGAUAUACCCCUGGAUGAGGUCUUCAGGUCCAGAUAGGAAACGAGGGCGCCAGACCUACACCCGCUACCAGACGCUGGAGCUGGAGAAGGAAUUCCACUUCAAUCGCUAUCUGACUCGCCGGCGGAGGAUAGAGAUCGCCCAUGCCCUCUGCCUCACGGAGAGGCAGAUCAAGAUCUGGUUCCAAAACCGGAGGAUGAAGUGGAAGAAGGAGCACAAAGAGGAGAGCUCCAGCACCCCGGCUCCCAACGAGCCCACGUCAGCAGCAGCGUCUGUGGAGAAAGUGGAAGAAGACGAAGAAGAGGAGGACUAAAGCGUCCCAUCCGAGGAAUCAGUCCCUUAGUAUAAUGUAUGCACGUGACAGUUGUAAAAGCUCCCUUAAAAAAAAAAAGAGAGACUCACUGUUUUUAUUUAAACAAAAAAAAUCAGUUCCCUUUAAUAAGUAUCUCGCAAGCGAGCGUUUGCAAACAUGAAAACGUUUCCUGGGCUGGUUUUCCAGCCCCCUCUCCACUCUCCCAUCCUCCCCAAACCUGUCCUGUGCCGAACCUGUUGGUAAUAUCUCCUAAGAGCAUCCAACAAUCAUUUGGUUUUCGUUCACCCCAGCUUGGGUGGCUUUGUCCAGGGGCCAUUUCAGUGGGAGAACUGCUGCUUGCACAUAUAGUAAACCGUGACCUUCCGAAGUAACUACCUGACUCAAUAGUCCCAAUCAUUUGUAAGGGGGAAAAGUGCAUUAGGCUCACAUUAAGAAAAACUACCUAAUUUUGAAUGAGUAGCUCUGCACUUCUCGUUUAUUUCUUUAUUUUUAAUCAUUAAUUAAAACUAACAGCUAUACUAACAAAAGGUUAAACUGCAAGGGGGGGAAGAUGUUACACAAACCACUACAAUCUACAGCAAUGAUUUGUACUACCUAUUUUCCAGACUACCUAUAUAUCUUGCUCCGCCUACCUAUCUUCGAAAGUAUACUGUAUUUUAGUAGUCAAAAGAAGAAUAACAUACUAAUGUGAUUCGCAAAAUGCUUUUAGAAACGUAAGUGUAGUCGUUUGAGAAGCAUGCAUCAAUAGCUUUGGUAUAGAAUUUGGUACCGAAAAGGCUGAAUAUAUUUAAAUUUAAAAUAAUAUAUUUAUUCCAAAGCAAUUAUAAAUGAAAACCAUAUGCUGCAAUAUAUCUCUGUUCUCGAUUCUUUACUAUUCCCGGUGAGGAAGCAAACACACGCCAGUAUUGUACAAAGCGGUUUAAUAUCUUCCGUUGGCUUCUACCUUUGACUGCUUCUGCUAAAGGCCGUUUUCUUAUUCUAGUUUGAUCUUACUUAAUAUAGCGGAAAGUGUUAUUUGAAAAGUGAAUUUAAAUGACCAUGUUACCACCUUUCAAAAAACUGUUUAUUCUGAUUAUCCGAAUGUGUUAAUAUGUAAUACCGUGAAUUUUCCUACAAUAGCAGAUACUGUAUAUUUGAACGAUUUUUUUGUCAUUUAUAUUUGUCUUGGAGCUCAUUUGUAAGAUCAUGUCAUAAAUUGGGAAGUAUGUAAUUAAUUUGGAAACUUUGUAGCAUGAUGUAUUGUUAAGAACUCUGUAUAAAUUCGUCUUGAAGGUUUGGCUAAAGUUUAUUCAAAAAUUGUAUGUUACAAUGUGUUUCGACGUGUUCGUUGUGAAGAUUUGGAUAUGCCGUGUAAGUAUUGGAAGUGGAAAAAAAAAUGUCUGUGAACUGUCUUUGGAAGUGAUACCGUGUUCAAAUAUCUCCCACGAUAAAUGUGUUUUAUGUUACACAGAAAAUAAAUAUGCUUGUUGACAAUGAA